UUGGGUGGGAGUUUUCAGUGGUUUUGUCUUGAGGUUAAGCAUUUGAUAAUGGGUUAAAGGUGAAGAAUUUGGUAUUGCUAGAAUGAAAUAAAACACCGGCCUCGACAUAUGAUACUUUAGUUCUUCGGCAAUAUCGUUCCAAAGGACGUACGAAUACUGUUUCCUCUAUCCCCAAAUAUAGUGUGUUUUGGAAGCGGUGCAGCGCCUCGGUCUCGCUGCGAUGAAGUGGGACGGGGAGGGGGUAUUAUCCAGGGCGAGGUUGGCAGUUGAGACAGGAAAGCGUAGUGGAAACAAAGCAAGGACAUCAGACAUGAAUUCAUCUUGGUAACAUUUGCAUAGGCUUGCGUUAUGUUUUCAUUGUCAAAGCAGUUUUUCAUCCACACUACGAUGGAUGCUGUGUGCAUGGCGUCUCUAUUGUGCUGCUGAGGACUCGUUGGAAAUACAGUAACCGGACUGAAGGUGAAGCAACGUAUUUUUAUUGAAACUAUACGUUCCCUCUACAUUUGCGACAUGUUCUGUUAAACGCUCAUCAUCGGUGGAUUGCUGAUCUGAGACAAUAACGACUAGGCUAUAGCCGACUAUUUUGAAAUCAUCACAUACUGUACUUGAUACUGGGCUUCCGUUAUUGAAUCAGUAUGUUUUUUUAUGAUUUAAUAUUUCUGGCAGUUAUAUGAUAGCAUAUAAUAAAACGCGCGGAAGUAAAAAAAUAAAUAUAUAUAUAUAUGUAAAAAAAAUAUAUAUAUAUGCAAGGGAAUCAUAUAUAUAUAUAUACUGUAACGACCCUGGGUUUAUAAGCGCGGAAAUCGAUUCUGCCGCUGGAGCAUGCUUUUGCGGCACAGUCGAUAGCGCGCCGGACCUCGGGCAAGAAGGUCGAGGGUUCGAGACCUGCUCCCUGCCUGUUUCAUUACAAUACAUUGAUACUGAAGUAGAAAAUGAACGAGUUCCAGUCCAGUCCUCCUGAAUGUCCAGACAGCGUCUGUUCAAUCGAAGGACUACCCCCUUUGCCAAAAGGCCUCAGCGGCAUCCUGAACUCCAGUGGUGGCUCAUGGAGGGACAUCAAAAAAGUCUGCAGUAAACUGACACGCAUUCAGGCCGACAUUAGCAAGUCUACAGUGAUCGACUCUCUCGGCCGCAGCAAACCUGCAAGUCUGGACGCAGGGCUCGCAGUGCUGCGCGAGGAAAUGGUGGACCUCAGACAGUUGGACAUGUCUCUGCACUGUCAGCUGUGGUAUCUCUAUGAGUCCAUCCAGGAGUACAAGGAAGCCUUUCAGGACAUCUCCAACUCUCUGCUGUCAGAGAGCAGCAUCACUACAGAAAAUAGUUACUCUGAGGAAGAGGAUGAUUAUGAAGAGGAGGAGAACGAUGGUGAUACUGUACCUCAGAAUCUACCUGGCACUUCACUGACUCUCCAGUCAACUCAAAACUCCCGGGACCAAUGGAUCAAAGAGUCUUUCCACAUUUCCUUAUAAACCAACUAAUAUUUUUCCUGUAUUUACAUAAUAUAAUCGGUUUCCUGUUCUGUAUAGCUGUUUUAUUAUUUAUUAUACUUGUACCCACCUAGCUAGGUUAUUGGCAGAAAGACAUUUUUAAACUGGUGCCAUACUGAUGAACCGUCUCCAUCACACAAGGAGCUGACAUUUUCAACAAAACCUUGUUACUAUACAAUCCUUCGUUAAAGAGACCUUGUUUGUUGAUUUGGACUAAUUGUGCAUAUCUUGAAAACAAAAGCCAAUUAAGUCAUAUUUCAAAUACCUGAUGAUUUAUAUGUGUGUAUAUAUAUAUAUACAUAUAUAUAUAUAUAUGAUUCUAAAUGCCUUGUAAUUAACUCCUUCAUCGGAGUAAAACAUAUUUUUCUCUAAAUAUAAUUUUCUUUACAAUUUUAAUAUUGAAUGUAAUCUUAGACACGUAGUCACAUACACACAAUGUCGGUAUUUCUCCUUUUUGUUUGUUGUGAUGGGAAGUUUAUGUAUUGAGCUUUUUUAAUAUCUUGGCAUAAAAAUAAAAAAUGCUAUGGACAGUAA